CACGUGACUCGCCUGACCCGGAAGUGGCGCGCGGGGGACGCUGACGCUGGAACAAAGAUGGCGGCCCGCGGCGCUGGGGCCGUGGUGGGGCUGCUGCUGCUGCUGCUCCGCGCGGGCCCGGCCCGCGCCCGCGUCCAUCACCUCACCCUCAAAGAUGAUGUGAGGCAGAAAGUGCACCUGAAUACCUUUGGUUUCUUCAAGGAUGGUUUCAUGAGAGUGAAUGUCAGCAACCUUUCCCUGAAUCCAGAACCAAGCCCUGAUGACAUGGACAGUUUAUCAGUGGGGUUCAGCUUGGAUCGAACAAGGAAUGAUGGUUUCUCCACUUACCUGGAUGAAGAAGUGGAUUAUUGUAUCUUGAAGAAGACUCCAGAGCCAGAUGUCUCUGUUGUAAUUUUACUUCUGGACAUCCGACGUGAUGUUGUGAAAGUACGGUUCUCUUCAGAAGCUGCUUCUUUGUUACCUAAAAUUGUAUUUGUGUCUGAGGAAAAUGGUACUGCCUUAAAUACCAAGCUGCUGAAAACUUCUGAACUGAGCAGUGAUUCUGAUAAAAAUGCUCCAAAGACCAGUGAAAAUACAGAUGACAAAGAUAAGAAGUCCAAACGAAGUACAACAUCCUCCCAGAGCAUGGUAGAACAAGAACAUCCUGUACGCCAUGUCCAAGGAAUGUUUUCGUUUCAGUUCUUUUUUAACAUCAGCUCGGAUAAACAAGAAGGUCUCUACAGCCUGUAUUUCCAUAAGUGUGUUGGCAAGAAAGGGCCAGCUAAUGAUCAGUUGCUGUUUAGUCUUGAUAUAGAUGUUACGGAAAAGAAUCCUGAAAGCUACCUCUCAGCAGGUGAAAUCCCACUGCCAAAACUUUACAUUUCCAUGGCUCUCUUCUUUUUCCUGUCUGGGACUGUAUGGAUCCACAUACUUCGUAAACGUAGAAAUGAUGUCUUUAAGAUCCACUGGCUCAUGGCAGCCCUUCCUUUCACCAAAUCAUUGUCCUUAGUCUUCCACGCGAUCGACUAUCACUACAUCUCUUCUCAGGGAUUCCCCAUCGAGGGCUGGGCUGUUGUUUAUUACAUCACUCACCUACUGAAGGGAGCUCUUCUGUUCAUCACUAUUGCCCUCAUUGGCACAGGCUGGGCUUUCAUUAAACACAUCCUGUCAGAUAAAGACAAAAAAAUUUUCAUGAUUGUCAUCCCACUUCAGGUACUGGCAAACGUGGCCUACAUUAUCAUAGAGUCAACAGAGGAGGGGACAACUGAGUAUGGACUGUGGAAAGAAAUCCUUUUCCUGGUGGACUUGCUGUGCUGUGGAGCCAUCCUGUUCCCAGUGGUAUGGUCAAUAAGACAUUUGCAAGAGGCUUCAGCAACAGAUGGGAAAGCUGCCAUUAACCUAGCAAAGCUGAAGCUCUUCAGACAUUACUAUGUCAUGAUUGUGUGUUACAUUUACUUCACACGGAUCAUUGCAAUUCUCAUAAAGAUUGCUGUUCCAUUCCAGUGGAAAUGGCUAUACCAGCUGCUGGAUGAAAUGGCCACACUGGUGUUCUUUGUCCUCACUGGGUACAAGUUCCGUCCAGCAUCAGACAACCCUUACCUACAGCUCUCUCAAGAUGAUGAGGAUGACUUGGAGAUGGAAGCUGUGGUGACAACUUCAGGAGUAAUGGAGGGCAUGAAGAAAGUCAAGAAAGUGGUGAAUGGUUCAGCAGAGCCUCAGGGCGAAUGGGAAAGCACAGCAUGAUGGACUGGACUAAGGCAGCACUUUCAGAGAAACUUUUUUAAUUUAUUAAUAUUACUCUCAGUGGAAAGGGAGCAACUUGCACUCCCCACCACUGAAACUGCAGAGUGGGGUGUGUCUAGGGAGAGCAAAGCAGAGCAGAAAUAUCACUAUUCCUUUGAUCGUAAGAAAAUGGGAUCUCCUGGUACCUGCAAGGAGCGUGAAGCUUUCCUAGGGAUUUUGGGUAGCUUUUUUUCCCCCCUUUCUGGAUCGGUUCUUUAUUCUGAAUUGUUGUGUUCCUCAGAAUGUGUAAUACUAAUGUGAAGAGGGAUCUUCAGUGUGUAUGUAAAGAAUAUAUUUUAUAUAAUGCUCAUAUAUAUGCACACACACACACUUGCUUUAUAACAUGAAUGCUGGGACUUGCAAAGCCUGUCAGAAGGUGGGAAAAGAAGAUAAAGACAUGUAAGUAUUUUUUUUCUUUUUAUAAACUCUCCUUUUGGCUUGGAUGGAACAUUGCAAAACAAAUGGAUGGGAACAACUGCAGAUAUUUGACAGACUGAAGGGUAUUGGAUCAGAUGACUUCUGCCACUGCUCAUGCAAGUGUGAAAGGUGAUAAGUAUCUUCUUGUCUUAUCCCUGCAGGUGUCCACCUGAAUGUGUCAGGUUUUCAGAUGUGUUGCUAUACAGGAAAUGAGUGACUGUUCUCCAUUAAAGCACUAAGCCCAUAGUGCAAUAAUAUUUGUGUACAUUGUCCACUGUCCAUGAAGUUGCUCUUGGCUCACCCCCACCUGACAAGAAGUACACAAGAGGUGUAAGACUGAUGCUUGCUUUUUAGGGGUCUGCCUAAAUGUUUACCUUCAAGCUGUGACCCAGAGCACAUUGGUUUGCUUCAUAAAAUAUUUUCAAGGUAUUUCGAAAGUCACUCCUUUCUGGCACAGUAUAAACAGUACCAGACUCUCCAGUGGAAAUCUGUCUAGCCAUUUUACUGCAGCAUAAAUCUCUGGUUCACUGUUACUCUGAGUUACUGAGCCUUGUAUGGCUGCUUGUACCUCUCUGGCUAUGUAGGAUUAAUGACAUUGCUGUUUGAGGUGAGCUGAACUGAUCAAGGUAGUAUUGCCACCAAAAACUGUAACUCCCAGUCAUAUUUUUUUUUUUUUUUGGUCAGGAGAGGAGAAGAUUAUGACCAGAACCUUGAUGCAGGUGAAUAUGGAAUCCUUGACUGUUAGCUGCAGACUUACAGUGGAGUCUUUACAGACACAUUCCAAAAUGCCACAUGUGUUUUGUCUGUAGUCCCUGGAGUUGUCAGUAGGGCAGUUGGUGUCCAGAGCUGUAGUAGUGAAAAUGGAUGCUCAUUUGGGGGAGGGUGGAAGUGGCUCACUGGUGGAAUGAGGAUUAGCUUUAACAAAAAUAAAUCAGCUAUAAGUCACUGA